UCUCCUUACCUCCCUCCCUCUCUUCUUUCCUCCCUUUGCUUUUUUUUGGCCUCCCUGUCUCGCCUAUCAGAGUUAGGUUGAUGGGGAUAUCUCUAUCGUUUCCUUCAUGGGAUAGCCUGUGCUCACAUACAGGGACACACACAGUUGUGCACUCACACACGUGCACUCUUAUGAGCGGCUGUCGGAGAGCCAGGCGGCUCCACACCCGGAUACGCUGACAGCAGGAUUCUCCCCAUCGUUAACGUUGAGUGUCCAUCAGCCAGAGUGGCGAUGAAGAAGGCCCUGGUGCCACCUCUCCACAAAGGUACGGCUCCAGAGACUCUAUCCUGAGCCACAGAGACAGAGAAAGCUGGAAGAAGGAAAAAGAACGUCUUGGACCAGAGCUUGCAAGCAGCCACAGCAGUUGGAGUGUGACUUUGGGCCUGAACCAGGGCGGGGCCAUGCGCUGCUCCACUCUUAUAGCCAUCCUGGCGGGGGUGCUACUGUACCUGGGACUGGGCGCUCUGGUUUUCCGCACCCUAGAGGCACCACUCGAGAGCACACAGCACAAAAAGCUGCACGACUUCCGUGACGCCUUUCUGCAGAACAACUCGUGCGUCAGCCAAGAGGGACUGCAGCUUCUCAUACAGCAUGUGGUAAUUGCUUUAGGAGCAGGGGUGGAUGCCAGCAACAACUCAUCAAACUUCACCAGUCGAUGGGACUUGGCCAGUGCCUUCUUCUUUUGUGGAACCAUCAUCACGACUAUUGGCUUUGGGCAUAUCUCUCCAAAAACUGAAUGGGGGCAGCUGUUCUGCAUCUUCUACGCCCUAGUGGGGAUCCCCAUGUUUGGCAUACUUUUAGCUGGAGUUGGGGACCACCUCGGGACCUUGCUAAGGAGAGCCAUCGGCAAGAUAGAGACCUUAUUCCUGAAACGGCGGGUCAGCCCUACAGUUGUUCGCAUCAUUUCAGCGGUCCUGUCCAUCCUGCUGGGCUGUGUGGUCUUCUUGUUAGUUCCGACCAUGGUGUUUCAGCAGAUAGAGAACUGGAAACUUCUGGAGGCAGCCUACUUUGUGGUCAUCACCCUCACUACUGUGGGCUUUGGGGACUAUGUAGCAGGUGCUGGUGGAAACAAUCACUCUGUGUACAAGCCUAUGGUGUGGUUUUGGAUAGUGGUGGGCUUAGCUUACUUCGCCUCUGUCCUCACCAUGAUUGGGAACUGGCUGAGAGUGCUGUCCAAGAAGACCCGAGCAGAGAUGGAAGAACUCAGGGCUCAUGCCACCGACUGGACUCAGAACAUCCAGAACAUGUCCGUUGAUUUCCGCAUUCCCAACCCCCUUGACCUCAAUGACCCCUUCCAGCGCCGCCGCCGAAAACGCCGCCGAGGGCCUCGACACCGUGGGGCAUGGCAGAAUACGGUGGGCUAUGAAGAUGGUGGGAUGGCUGGCGAGAAUGGCAACCUGCCCAACAGUCAGUCGGAAUCAGGGUCAUCUUCAUCCUACGAAUCGGGAUCUGAUGAAUCAGGGUCCUACUCCGACGGUUCUGAGAAGCUGGACCCAAGAGAGACCCAGAUGGAUUCUCAUGCCAAUUUGGCACCGCCCCAUUUCUUUUCUGGUCCCCUCAGUUGCCAGGCUCUGGACUACUUUGGGGAAAAUCUUGCCUACAUUGACGAAUCUUCAGACGCGCUGAGUGAGACAGUAAAGAUGGACUCCCUCCUUGAUCCUGACUGUCCCAACCCUGUACCUCCACGCAAGCCAAAGCGCAGACGCCUCAGACGCCUCAGAACCUCAAUAAAUGAGGACCUGGAGAGGAAGGAGCCGAAUGGUGACAUCCAGCCUCCAUCCAUCCCGCCAUCGCCACCUCCCCAGACACAGCGGAGAGACUGAUAGGUGGAUGUACAGCAUUUCAGUUAGAGAGGGUAACUCACCUGGUACUUCACCAUAAUCACUACUCUAACACUGACAAACACAUGGGAAACAAAGGAACUAUUAUCUUUCUUUUUUAGUGUGCCUCUCCCACCACUAUGAGCCAGACAUGGAUACUGGUUUUCAAUGAGUUGAAUGUGGAUUUAAAAUGAAAAUUCCUACCGUGUGUACAUGUUCCUGUGUGUGGAUGUGCAAAACUGUAUGGUAGGUAUGAUUGUGAAUCUCAACAUAGGAAAGUAAAAAAAAAAAUGAAAGGGAUCUUUUAGCCUUUCACACCAAAUUGCUUAUACAAUCUACACCAGGUUUGAAGCCAAGCUAUGUGGUGGGAUGUCUGAUCUCAUCUUGUUUCAUUUAAUUCAGUCUAAUUUUCUUCUAUAUAAUGUUGAGCAACAGAAUUCCCCUCAACCUUGAUGUCUGUAGGUGUUUGGACCUGUCCUAACAUGAAGGAAGAUUGAAAUGACAAUGUGGAAGCUUAGCAAGCAAAGAAAGAGAUGGGACAUUCAUGUAAUGCUUCUGAGCACCUUUAACCCAGAACUGCUGUGCCACUUCACUAGCCUGUAUUCCUAAUGCUGUGUAACACUCCCCCUGCUGGAGGCCAAUGUGUAAAUGCAGCUGUUUUCCUGGUUUGAAUAGCAGAUAUUUUAAUUCAAUCUCCAUCGCUUACCUUCUGUAAACUUCUGCCUUAUUUAGAUUUAUACAUUUUAGACUUAAUGAUUUAAGAUUAAAACUUAAAUUGAGUCUAUAAAUUCAAAGACAGAGUAAAGAAAUUUUAGGAGUUCCAGGUUUAAGAUCAGAAUUUCAAAUUGCAAUUCAGUGUUCUAGUACUGUCACAUUUUUUUACACUGGAGAUGACAUUAAGCCAUAUAUAAUCCAAUGCUACUUCUUUUACUGCUGUUUUUAGAAUGCUCAUAAAAUAUGUGCAUGCACAUAUGCAUAUGUUCAAUAUAUAAGUGCAUCAAGACUUUUGGAAAACAUAAUUUCUUUCUAGUGACAGUGGUGGCCUAAUGGUUAGGGAUGUGCACUUGUAAUUGAAAGAUUGCUGGUUCAAAUCCCCACCUAGCAAAGCACCACAAAAGUUCAUUGAGCAAAGUGCUGCCUCCAAGUCCUGCUCCCCAGGUGCUGAAUUAGAUGCCCCGUUAUGUCAUAAAGUGACAUAUAGGUGAAAUGCAAAUGACACACUUUGUCAUUGUACAAUGUGUGCUAUGGUGUGUCAAAAAUGACAACUAAUCACAUUUGCUUCUUAUAAAACUUUGUCUUUUCAUUCUUUAGCGUUUGACUCUAUAAAGUAGUAUCAGUGUCUGCAUCAGUUCUUAUUAAUAUGAUCAUAUUAAUAAAUAUCAACCCAGGAACCCAGGAAGUUUAAAUGUCAGUUUACCAAUCAUAAUUCACCCUUAACCAAUAUGGUCUUUGCAGUGUUUGUGUUAAAAAUUCAGGUUAAUAAAAAUGGCAGUACACAGUGAAGAAAUUCUCCUUUAUAAAUGAUACCCAGAAUGUCCAAAAUGAUGGGCAGACUGAGUGUGUCUGCCUAAAUUCACACAUUCUAUUAGCCAUAUUGUACACAUAGAUGUGCCACAUGAACCUUACCCAAAUCGUGAAUGACAGACUAGAGCCGGUAGCAUCACCUUGCAUCAGAUAUUUUCUCUGACACAGGAGGUUUGCUUCAGCAAUGUUAGAUCUCAUGGGGGAGACAAAGUGAAUUGCACUGUUUCUGUUCUAUUGGCAUUUGAGUUCCUUGUUUGGCCAACCCUGUCUUUGCUAUCCAUGACAUACAAAUAAUGGUUUGCAGGACCCUGAAAAUACAAUCAUCAUUUUAUGUGCUGAGAUACAAGUACAUAGACAUCUUGCAUCACAACGUCUUGUUUGUGAAAACACACUUUAAUAUAAAAAAAAAGCCAGGUUUCUUAACAUUCAAAUAAACAUCCUGAAAUGAAAACACAUCAUAUUUUAUAUCUAUUAUUCAUCUAAUUAUGACUAAAUAUAACUAUAUGCUAUGACAUGUCACUUACUGGUGAAGUUCUGAAUUGUAUGGCACUCUUUAUUGUAUGUUUGCUUUUCAAGUUCCUGUUGAAAAAUAAAUCUAUGAUAUUGUUUUAAUUCAUUUAAUGGAAAA